UUCAGAAGAAAUAUAAAAUGGACACGGUGCUGAACCAUUCCAUCUAAAAAGCCCCCCUGCCCUUUUCACCAGCAAACGAAGGAGUCAUGAAUGUUAGUGAACAAGAACAGGACAUCGUCAUCGUCGGCGGUGGUAUUUGUGGCUUGGCCACCGCCCUUGCUCUUCGCAGGAAAGGAAUAAAGAGCAUGGUGUUAGAGAGAUCGGAAACGCUGCGAGCCGCCGGCGUUGGCAUCAUUAUGCAACCGAAUGGGUGGCGUGCACUUGAUCAGUUGGGUGUUGCCGCCAAGCUUCGGCAAACUUGCACUGAAAUUCCAUCGGGAGUAUUUAUAUCAGUUGCUGAGGGCAAGUACCGUGAAUCAGAAUUACCUCUUGGGAAAGGGGAAUUACGUUGUUUGAAACGGAUGGAGCUGAUGAAGGCACUAACGGAGGAAUUGCCGGUGGAGAGUGUGUAUUUGGGAUGCCGAGCGGUCUCCAUCGUACUUGACCCUCUUACUUCCAAUCCCCUUCUUCAACUCCACGAUGGCACUCUCAUUAAAGCCAAGAUUGUAAUUGGAUGCGACGGGGUGAACUCCAUAAUUUCAAAAUUUGUAGGCGUAAAUUCCCCAAAGCUUUUCUCUCGAUGUGCGACCAGAGGUUUCACGUAUUAUGAAGGUGCUCAUAGUUUUGGUGAUAAGUUUCGUUUUUAUAGCUCCAAUGAUGUUACUUUGGGACAGCUUCCCGUAACUGAUAAGCUUGUGUAUUGGUUUUUGACUCGAGUCUUAACAUCUCAAGAUUUGAGUGAUGCAAAGAAGGAUCCAACCUACAUAACAAAAGCAUCACUAGAAGCAAUAAAGGGUUUCCCUGAAGAAAUAGUGGAGCUGGUAAAGAACACAGAGCCCAAGGCGUUGUACCUGACUGAACUACGGUAUCGGGCGCCAUGGGACCUGGUGCACGCCAAGUUCAGAAAAGGCACGGUGGUUGUGGCAGGAGAUGCAAUGCAUGCGAUGUGCCCUUUCAUCUCACAAGGUGGAGGGGCGUCACUAGAGGACGCAGUGGUGUUGGCAAGAUGCUUGUCUGAGAAACUAAAGCAAGCAAAGGAAGGUGGAGGAAAUAGGUUGGUUGAGGAAGCCCUAGAUGAGUAUGUACGGGAGCGUAGGAUGAGGGUUUUCUGGCUUUCUUUGCAGACAUAUUUCAUGGGACUUGCACAAGACAAUACGUCUAAGGUGAAGAAAGCUUUGGGUAUUGCUGGCCUAAUUCUUGUUUUUGGGGACCAGAGAAGUCAUACUGAUUAUGACUGCGGCCGCCUCUGAUCACUUUCCUAAGACUUAAUAAAUGCAUGCGAUGACAACGUGCAGUUCUUUCCUAAAAUUAAGCUGCUAAAUUCAGUGUAAUAAUGUCCCCAUCGCCCUUUUCUUUCUUGUGAUGGUGUUAUUUU